AUGCUAUUCCGGCCGAACUCUGCCCACGACGGUGAAGAAGCUACUCACAGAUCUAAUAUAAAGACUCAAAGAAAUGGCAUGGAAAUGGAACAACUUAUUUUUGAGAAAGCUAAAAGCAAGGGAGAAUAUUUUAUGUUUAUAGCUCUCUUGAUUCAAAAAAUAAGAGAAUGUGGUAUUCAAAUGGAUAUUGAUUUAGCUGGCCCUUCUUAUGCUGACAUAGAGCAGCCAUUGGUGGAUCCUCUUGCAGAAAUUCCUGGUCUGGCUGAGCAAGGACCAAAUAGAUAUGAAUGUAAGGGAAGAAGAGGACUUGGAGAAUUGGAUCUGAUGUCAGAGGUCCCUGUACCAUCCCUCAGAUUGCUUCUUGAAACAGCUGGAAGUAUGCUGACUCCUGGCGGAAGAUCACUUCAGUCUGAAAAAUACAAUGGGGAAUAUACUUGGAAAACACCUGCAUUUCGCAAAAGUAUUAUAGCUAAGUUUGAUGAGGCAAUGUACAGAUAUGGAAGACCAACAUCUAAGAAUAGUAUGGAAAUGGAACAGCUUUUAUUUGAGAAAGCAAAGUCAAGGGAAGAAUAUUCAAGUUUUGCGGGAAGGGUUCUUCUUUAUAUUCGAGAAAUGGGCACUAAAAGAAAUGAUGAGAGCAGUGAAUUACCUAUCAGUGAUAUUAGAGAUCUUAUCCCUGAUCCAUUGGGUGACUACAUGGCUAAAAGGGGACAUCCAAGAAGAGUUCAUUAUCCUCCAUAUUGUUAUUCAGGCCUACGAGGUACACCGAAGAAGUUUUUGGGAGGAGGAUGAAAGAGUUUUCCUGUACUGGAGUAUAAAAGGGAAACAGAAGUAAAUAUCUUGUUUUACUUUUAAAGCAGCUUAAGCUAUUGGAAAAAUAAUUUUGCUCAUUUUCAGAAUAUUUCAUAGAGGAGAUUAAUUGAAUUGAACAUAUAAUUUUGAUAUACUUUUGUUUUUGAUAAAGAACCAUAAAAAUUGAAAGGUGAUCUCUCCUUAUGAUACAAUGCGUUAAAUAUUUGUCAUUUUUAGUGGGGAAACAAUUCCUGAGAAAGUUAAUACGUUAAGAAGGAAUGUAAGUGUUAUAACUGAUUAUUAAAAAUGUCGGAAAUACAUUUAUUAAUUGAAUAUCCAUAAAUUUAUGUAUUUGUAGAGUUACUCGUGUCCCUGCAUUUUGCUUUUUGUACUACUAUGGAUUUGGUUUGCAUUUUGCUGUUCAAAAAAAGAAGUGAAACGUAUGGAAAAUGCAAUGAGUAUUACUUUUCUAUGCAAGUUUGUGUAUUUUAGAAGUGAAUAGUGAUUUUAUAUCAUAGUAGUAUUGUUAAAUACAUUUUUACAAUGCAAUGCAAUGUGAACUUAUCACUUUCACAACAAAGAUGCUUUCAGAAUAUAAGGUAUAUACAAAUGUUAAAAAGGAGAUACCUCUUUUUCUUUAAUCCUAUUUUCAUACAAGUCAUUUUCUUAAAUUUCAUACUGUACUUCCACUUGUUUUGCUGGACCCAAGUGGAUGAACUACAAAGGAACUUCAAUAACCCAAAUUCCCCUUAAUCUAAAUGUUAUCCAGCUUCACUUUUCAUAUGUCAUCAGGAAUGAUUUGUUGACGAGUUAAAGCAAUAACCACUAUUUUCUGGCUUCCAGCCUUUGAAGUGCUCUUUUGAUCACAAUAUUGUCAAAACAAGGACUAAGAGCACACUAGGUGAGUGUGAGAAAUCUAAUAGCUCUUCAUCUAAAUUUAAGAGAAAUCUAAAAACUUAUCUUUUGGAAGAUUGUCAGUAAUAUUUCCUUCGGCUUGCUCUACACAUUGAUAUGAUUUGUCUGCCAUGAAUAGGAUUGCCUCUAAACUUUUGUUCUGUUGAAAUAUCCUUUGAUACUUUUUUCCCCACAGAAUUAUAUUAUGAAUUACAUUGUUUCCUUGGCAGUUCUUUUGUAAUGUUCAAAAUGUCAAGGCUGUACAAAGAAUUGGGUAACAAUAAAAAAAUUGUUUGUAAAAAUUUUGUAGGUAUUGCUAAAUGAAUAAAAAAAAAGUAUUUUUGUUAGUGAGAACUUCUUAAAAAAUUUAAUAUAUAAUAUAAUAAAUGUAAUAUAAUAUUUUGUAUGCCUUCUUUCAUAAGAGCAUUAAUAAAGAAGAG